UGGGCGCGGAAUCGGCCAUUUCGGCCCGUCCAGAACGAGUCGCUUGGACACGCGGAAACUGAUAGUCCGUCAAACCCGACAAAAAAGGACACACGCGCCAACUUCUGGUCGUCCGGUUGGGAGCAAGCGGCGAGGUGGGAUUGGGGUAAUCGGCAAAAUGGGCCAAUAAAGCGCAAAGGAGUGCCCGUGACUGUGCACAAGUCGUCUCCCUGUUGGUGUGUUGUGCAUUAUGUCAUGCAAAGUAUGCAAUUAGGCACUGAAGGCUCUUCAUCGUGUGUGAUCGAGGGUCGUCUCUUUUGUGCCGCUGUUGGUGCCACGAAAUGCGCGGUUCUGAAGAACUCUCUUCCGCGCACCGAGCAUCAGCCGACCUUGAAGGCCUGUCUGAUCAAUGCAGGCUGGUCUCGUGAUCAUGAUCCAGCUCAAUGCACUUUCAGUCUCAACAGCCGGCUGGUUGUACUUCGCGGCGGGUUUUUGGUACUUUUAUUUUGCGUCUCGCCCUCUUUUCACGGAAUUAUGCACAGUCUGUUGCUAACACAAUGGACUCAUCAGAUGGGAGGGAUAAUUUGCUUUUUCAACUGUCGUGGUAGAUCCGUUCGGCCAUCUUUGUUUGGCUCAAGUCGGCCAUCUCUGUUCGGCCCAAGUCGGCCAUCUUUGUUUGGCCUAAGUCGGCCAUCUUUGCUUGGCUUAAGUCGGCCAUCUUUGCUUGGCUCAAGUCGGCCAAACACGCGGUCCACUGACACCGUCGAAGCGACCUCCUCCGGUUUCCGUGACCAUUUAUCUGGCUCGUUUGAGCCUGGGACACGCGUAAGCUGGUGGGAGACUGGCAGUCGACUCCUCCGACGGCUGGUGCGGAGUCGCGACGCGAUCGAAGCUGUAGCCAACCUCGGCGGAGGAAUGAAAUCAAACGGCAUCGUCGGACUCGUCGUCGUCGGCACCUCGUAUUCCGGAUCAUGCGGCAACUUCAGACCCCUCUCAGAGACCGUUUCACCUCGUCCGCAGCCAUGCUGCUUUCCAGAUUCAGACCAUGAACUCGCUGCGCUUCUCCGAAUGCUUCGCCCGCAUCCGCAGUCGGCGUUGUCGCUCGCGGCGUCACUCGGCAACUCGUUACAGACAUCGCCCUGGCAACACGGCCAAUCGCUCAGCUGCCGUCUGUACUUUGGCCGGCGUCCUUGGCUCGUAGUGCCGUCCUUGCCUCUACCGCCAGCGGAAGCGUCGAGAGCAUUCACCGGCUCGUUGCCACGGCCUGAUUUUGUACACUCUGGACCCGUGCUUUUCCGUCAUCCCCACUUGAUGCCGCAUGUCAAUCCAGAAGCAUGUAUGUGUGUGGGCACAGGUGGUUAG